UUAGUUUAGACGAACUUAUUCUUAAAAAAUUUAUAAUUAAAAGAAAUUGUAAUAUAUAUUUUUAUUGAAAAAGUUAUCGGCCAAAUAAACAUGCCACUUAACUUGCAAGGUGUUCGACAAUAUCUUAGUGAACUAAGAAAUUCCGGUGGUUUACACAAAGAUCAAGCAGAAAAGUAUAGGAAUGUUUUACUGGAAAUUUUAAAGAACCCUGAAAAUGAACUAGCUGAAUGUUUAAAAGCAUUCGUUGAAGCAAUUGUGAAUGAAAAUGUCAGCCUGGUGAUAUCACGUCAACUGCUAACAGAUGUGAGCACACACUUGUCCCUGCUACCAGACCCAGUCUCUCAGACAGUGUCUCACUUUGCUCUUGAUGUUAUCCAACCUAGAGUCAUUUCCUUUGAGGAGCAGGUAGCAAGUAUCAGACAACAUUUGGCAGAUAUUUAUGAGCGCAACCAGAAUUGGAAAGAAGCUGCCAAUGUUCUAGUGGGCAUACCGCUAGAGACAGGACAGAAACAAUAUUCCGUAGACUACAAACUCGAGACAUACUUGAAAAUCGCGCGUCUUUACUUAGAAGUGGAUGAUCCAGUGCAAGCCGAAGCUUUUGUGAACAGGGCAUCAUUAUUACAAGCUGAGACUACUAAUGAACAACUACAAAUAUAUUAUAAAGUAUGCUAUGCAAGAGUAUUAGAUUAUAGAAGGAAAUUCAUAGAAGCUGCUCAAAGAUACAAUGAAUUAUCAUAUAGGAAUAUAAUUCAUGAAGAUGAAAGAAUGACAUGUUUGCGGAAUGCCCUUAUUUGUACAGUUUUGGCUUCAGCAGGUCAACAAAGAUCCCGUAUGUUGGCAACCCUGUUCAAGGAUGAGCGUUGCCAGCAACUACCCGCGUAUUCCAUACUCGAGAAGAUGUACCUCGACCGCAUCAUACGCAGGUCUGAAUUGCACGAGUUUGAAGCUCUCAUGCAGACACAUCAAAAGGCAUCAACACCAGACGGCUCCACGAUCCUGGACCGAGCGGUCUUCGAGCACAACUUGCUCUCAGCGAGCAAGCUAUACAACAACAUAACGUUCGAAGAGCUCGGCGCGUUGCUGGAGACACCGCCCGCACGCGCUGAGCGCAUCGCCAGCCAUAUGAUCAGCGAGAAGAGGAUGAACGGGCACAUUGAUCAGAUCAACUCUAUUGUGCAUUUUGAGACUCGCGAUAUACUACCCCAAUGGGACAAACAAAUCCAGAGUCUCUGCUACCAAGUGAACAGUCUCAUAGAAAAGAUCGCAGCCGCCGAACCUGAGUGGAUGGCCAAACUUAUGGAGGAAGAAAUGAUUCAGUAGACUUAUGUAACGUUUUAAUAAAUCUCUUACCUAUGAAAUAAA